AUGGAAGUCGAUCAUUCAAGUUUUUGUGGCAAGCCUGGGCUUAGCAACUUCAUCCGCUCAGAUUUCUGGUUCCAGGACGGCAAUAUCGUGCUCAUCGCAGGCUCUGCGGCCUUCAAGGUCCACCGGGGUCAACUUGAGCGUCAUUCUGAUGUUUUCCGUGACUUGUUCUCCGUUCCACAGCCAGCAGUGCAGAAUCUCGUGGAUGGUUGUCCCUGUGUCGAGAUUUAUGACUGUCCUUCCAUCAUCUAUUGGUGGCACUUUACGAUGGACUGUGAAUAUUUCCAGCAAAAGCCCACAGUAACCGAUUUUCCCGCUAUCGCUGCAGUUCUCCGACUAUCUACAAAAUAUUUCAUUGAGCAUCUCCGUAGACGAUGUAUCGCGCGUCUAGAACUCGACUGGCCAUCCACCCUUGUUGGAUGGGAACGCCGUGAAAGGGACGCCAUUGAUGCACAAGGCCGGUAUUCCCCUCGCGAGUCGUGUGCCCAUCCAAUCCUAGUUAUCAACCUCGCUCUAGAGCUCGGGCUAGAUGCAAUGCUUCCCAGUGCUUUCUACGAUCUCUCUCGCUAUGGACCCAGCAAGAUCCUCGUCGGUACUCGCGUUCCUCCGCCUGUUGUACCGUUGCCAUCGGGUCCAGGACACAGCUCAAAUUACGUCCCCGCGGACUCCCAGACCAUCCACCUCUCACAGGAGAACCUAUGUAGAGUGUUCUUUGGUCGCGAACAAGCACAGCGGUAUAUUGCCACCUUCAUCGAUACCGAGCUGAGAGAACGCAACGUGUCCCUGGGCUGCCUCAACGCCGGGAGGUUCGACUCACAGUACUGUUACGAAUCUUUCUACUUCAUCCAGCUCAACAUCCUGCGGUCUGUGGGGGGUAUUGCGUGUGGGCGUGACGCCGACCCGUUGUACACGCUCGUCCAGGCGAUUGAGAUGCUCUCAAGGACGGAUUUCUCAGACGGGUUCAAGCAGUGUGGGCUAAAAAUGUGUAGUUCUUGCAAAAUCGACUUCGCCAUCGCUGUCAGAAAGGCAAGAGGGGAAGUGUGGAUGAAGAUCCCGGAGUGGUUCGGUUUGGUGGACGUGCCAGUUGGCAGCACCACUCAAUCAUAA